CCAUCCGAUACUUACUCGAGUACCGAUACUUUCUGCCGAUACUACAAGCGAGUAAAAGUAUCGAUACUUUAGUGGUAUCGUUUGAUCCCUAGUACGUAUAUUGAAUUUAUGUACAUCUACCUUUUUACCUUCCUUUUAUUAGCUCGGGAUGUAACUAUGUAAUAUUGAUGCGCCUAAAAGAUGCAGCGAUUUAUAUUCUCAAGUUACAUACCUGAUGACAUUUUCGGAUGUAUAGAUGGGACACACAUAGGAUUGCAGAAGCCAACCCAAAAUGAACAUAUGUACUUCAAUAGGAAGGGCUUCCAUAGUCCUAACGAUAUGAUAGAGCAGCGCAUGAUUCUUUUGUGUGGUAAAACUCAAAUCAAAGGAGGGUUAUGGAAGAGCGAUUUGAACGGAAUAGGAAUGAGAAUUUGUGGCUACUUUGUGACUCUGGCUAUCCGCUCGAACCGUGGUGCAUUACACCUUAUAGAAAUCCACAAGAUGGGUCAAGUGAGUGCGCUUUUAAGGACAUACAUACAUUCAAGAGCGAGGUGCAUUAUUGAACGCACAAUUGGAAUAUUAAAAGGUCGGUGGGGAAUUUUAGUGAAUGACAAAAGAGGAAAGUACGAUCCUGCAAAAGUGGCUAGAUUUGGAAACGGUUGUUCAGCGCAGCAUUGCAUAAUGUAUGUUUGAAAUUUAAAAUUAAUUACAAUCCCACAUAUCGUGAAAGUGAAAAUGAAGUUGAAAUAAAUGUUGGGGAAGAAGGUCAACUCACCAGAGUAGGUCAAACUAUAAGAGAUCAAAUAAAAUCUUAGCUCUUAUACUAAAACAUUUUAUGGUUUAAUACCUUAAGUUUUUAUGUACACACCUUUAAGGCUGAAUAAAAUUCAUAUUUAUAGUA